AUGGCAGGGGUGAGAGUGGCCAGUGACAAGGGCGUGAUGGCACUGGUGGUUGCUGUGCUCGUUAUGUGCGGCGGCGGGUCGGUUGUCACACCGGCAGCGGCGGCGACCUUGGUGCCGGCGGUGUACGUGUUCGGCGACUCGACCGUGGACGUCGGUAACAACCAGUACCUGCCGGGGAACGUGCUGUACCCGCUGCCGCUCCCCUACGGCAUGGACUUGCCGCAGGAGCUAAGGCCCACCGGGAGGGCCAGCAAUGGCUACAACGUCGCCGACGCCAUCUCGAGGCUGAUGGGUUUCAACAUGAGUCCGCCGGCGUACCUGUCGCUGCCGCCAGAAAUGAACGACCAGAUCCUCAGUGGCUUCGGUGGGGUCAACUACGGUUCCGGCGACUCCGGCAUUCUCAACAAAACCGGGUUGAACAAGAGCAUGCCACUGGCCCAGCAGGUGGGGUUCUUCGCGGCCACCAAGUCAAAGAUGAUUGAGCACGCCGGCGACCAGGGCACCGUAGACGAAAUCGAGAGGCGGGUGUCCGAGUCCCUCUUCUUCAUCAGCUCCGGCGGCAACGACAUGUUCGAAUUCCUCAAGUCGCCUGUGCUGCUUUUCUACAUCCAGCUCGCCACCAACUACAGGAAACACCUCAACACUCUCUACGACCACGGCGCCCGCCGCUUUGGGAUCGUCAACGUGCCGCCCAUCGGCUGCGUCCCGGCGUUGCGCAACAGGUCGGACACCGGCGCGUGCAUGGAGUUCGCCAACAACCUCUCCAGGAAUUUCAACGACAACUGGCUGAGCGUGGUGAUGAAGAACUUCGCAGCCGACCCCGAGCGGCCCGGGAUUACCUACUCCGUGGGGAACUCCUACAAUAUGAUCACCAACUUCACGGCGGACCCCGAGGCCGCCGGGUUCAGCGAAGUGGCCAGCGCGUGCUGCGGCGAUGGAAGGCUGGGCGUGAAUCCAUGGUGCCACCCCGGCGGCGCCGUCUGCAACAACCGUACCGACCAUCUGUACUGGGACUUGGCGCACAGUACUGACGCCGCCGCCCACAAGGGCGCCGCCCUCAUCUUCGACGCCCCGGUGGACUGGGGAUUCGCCGCGCCCAUCAACUUCAGGCAGCUCGUUUCGGAUGGAUUUAGCAGCAUCUAAUUUAAAUCAUGCAUGGUUUCCCUUCAUUGAAAGGUAGUCAAGCUCGUCGCCAUCCUAGUUUAUUUCGUAAGUUUAUGAGUCUGUUGGCACGACAGUUUUUUUUACUGAAUCUGUGCUUGCCCUGUUACCAUUUUGUGUUUGAAUAAACUGAACCUGACACGUGCAUUGUUCACGUGGAGGUGCGUCUAGUUUCAGACCGGGUG